AUGCUUGGGCAAGGAUAUGAUGAGGCUAGCAAUAUGCGUGGUCAAUGGAGUGGCUUACAAGCAUUUGCUUCCGCCAAGCGUCAUUCUGAGUUGAAAUUUACUAGAAAAGUUGAAAUUCAAGAGUUAUUAGAUGCUGGAAAACUUGGAACAGAUUUUCAGUUGGUGGAGUUAAAUACUAGAUUUCCGGAGCAAACAGUGGAACUUCUUUAUCUGACCUCAGCAUUGGAUCCUCGUAAUUCUUUCAAGCGAUUUAGCAUUGAUGAUAUAUGUAAUCUUGCUGAGAAGUUUUAUCCUGAAGAUUUUACUACAACUGAGUUGCAAGCUUUAAAUCAACAAUUGGGAUUUUAUAAGAUUGAUAUGGACCGUCUUCCAGCCUUCAAGAAUCUUGAUUCCAUUCCUGAAUUGCUGAAGUGUUUACUUGAUACAGGGUUAGCACACACCUACCAUUGGUUGAUAGAUUGA